AUGAAGAAAGGCACGAUCAACGGCGUGAGUCGUCACGCACCAUACUUUGUUCCCGAUGAGGCUAUCAAAGUCUUCCACAACCACAUUCUCUCCGACCAGCGCAUAUCCAAAGACCUGCCCUCAGACAUUCAGGAAGCGGCAGCCAAAGUCCACUUCACCGGCUCGCCGUCUCCCUCCCUUCCAAUCAACUGGCGUUUCGCCGAAGCAGUCUCCAGCCUCAAGGCCCUCGAAGCCUCCCUCGUCAACGUCCUCGUCAAACGCAAGUACCACACGCAGCUGUCCGACGUGACGAUCGACACAGACCAUGCAACGCUCUUCAUCAUGUCCGGUAGCCUCUGGAGCAUCGACCCUGGCGAAGGCGGACUGAACAUCACAGCAGUAAAUCUGCGCAAGCCACCUCCUGAGCUGGAGCAGUUCUUCCCGAAUUGCGACAUCCAUCGUUCACAUGCUACGCUGCAUCGCUCGCUAGCGACAGGCAUCUAUCCCACCUCAGAUGACCGCUACUUCAACAUCCACGGCGACAUGAACCCAGACCCAUGUCUCGACGCCCUCGACCUCCCGCACGACAUGGACCACCCCUCCUUCGAAGCCGGCGUGCAGUGCUUCCAAAACGCCGUCGGCCGCCUCUCCAGCUCCGACCUGGAACACCGCUUCUCAGACCUCCACCACCAAUCCGGUACGACCUGUCUCUCGCGCUCCGAAUUCAACGCCUCCGCCCACGGCAAAGCAAACGCCCACGUCGGGCUCUGGGAACUCCAUCCCCACCCCAACCCCUCCCAACCCCCCUGCUGGUGGCCCUCCAUCCCCUCGACCUCCCCCGCCCGCCCGCUAGCAGGCCUCAAAGUCGUAGACCUUACCCGCGUCAUCGCCGCUCCAGCCGUAACGCGCGGGCUGGCCGAGCUCGGCGCAAGCGUGAUGCGCGUCACCGCCCCCCAUCUCCCCGACGUCUCUGGCCUACACCCAGACCUGAACUGGGGCAAAUGGAACACGCAUCUCGACCUCCGAAACCAGUCCGACCGGGAGAAGCUCCGCGUGCUGAUACUAGACGCAGACGUAGUCGUACAAGCCUACCGCCCCUCCGCCCUGGCGAAAUACGGAUUCAGCGAACAGGACAUCCUAUCCCUCUGCUCCACCCGCUCUCGCGGGAUCAUCUCCGUGCGUGAAAACUGCUACGGCUGGCAUGGCCCUUGGUCCCAUCGCUCAGGCUGGCAGCAGAUCAGUGACGCGGUGUGUGGAUGCGACGUCGGGUUUGGAGAAGCCAUGGGGUUGGAGAACGGAGAGGCUGUGCAGCCGAUAUAUCCGCAUUCGGACUACUGCACGGGUAUCUCAGGGACGUGUGCGAUUCUGAUCGCGUUGAUGAGGCGGGCGGAGGAAGGGGGGAGUUUUGCGGUGGAUUUGGCGUUGAAUUAUUAUACGACGUGGUUGGUGAACUCGGUUGCUGAGUAUCCGAAGGAGGUGUGGGAGAAGGUCUGGGCGGAGCAUGGGAGGAAGGUGUGGAGGAGCUGGGAUGCUAAUACUACUACUGGACCUGCGACGAUGAAGAGUUUACGGGCUGGAGAGGGGGGGAAGAGGUUGUUUAAGGAGGAGUUCUUUGGAAAAAGGAAGGCGCCGGGGAUUUUGGGGGAGAAGGUGUUCAGGCAUAUCAAGCCAGUGGCGCAGUCGCCGGCUGGGACUGUAGAGCCGGGGUUCAGGAUAGGGACGAGAGGAAAUGGGGUGGAUGCUCCGCAUUGGCCGAAAGACUUGAGUGCAGAGGUGGUUGGAUAG